AUGGAUUCUAACGGUGCAUCCCAGGUUGUUAACGCAUUAGAAGUCAUUUAUUCACCAAAAUCAAGUAACGGUGACAGAUUGGAAGCACAAAAAUUCUUAGACGAGGUAAAAUUACGUGAUGAGUCUCCUUAUUGGGGGUAUGACAUCGCAAUAAAUAACCCAAACAAUUUUAUUCUUAAGCAUUUCGGUUUGAGUUUGAUAGAAACUGCAAUAAAGAAAAAAUGGGCAAGUUAUGAUGACGAGAAAAAAAUAGCAUUGAGAAAAUGGAUAAUGGAAUUGAAUUAUAAAGUCCAAGACCAAGAUCCAAGAUACAUUAAAGAAAAAUUGGCAUUUUUAUGGGUAGAGGUAGCAAAGAGAACUUGGGGUGAGGCUUUGAAAACUGCUGUACCCGACGAAACUCAAUUUGCAAAUUCAUGGAUAGAUAUGGACAGCAAUUUGACGGAAUUAUGGAAUAUCAAUCAAGCAGCAAGAGAACUAACUUUGAUCAUAUUUAGAAUUUUGUUCGAAGAUGUCUUCCUGUUGGACGAUAUAACGGUCCUAAAAAGAAUGACUAUCAUCCAACCUUUAUGUGUAAUGAUUGUAUGUCCUCUAGAUGUCUUUGCCAAAAGAUACAAAUUUACAGACAAAUGGACCCUAUUUAAAGCUAAUGAACAAGGAUGGUUUGCUUUAUGGACAGCAGAACUAAACAAUGCCUUGGGCAAUAACAAUUCCGAAUACGUCGUAAGAUUGUUAGAGACACUGAAAACAUGUUUGAAUUGGCCAUUGAGUGAAGUUAUUAUUGAUAAUAAUAUAUUAUACACAUUAUUACAAUGCUUUCUAAGUAAUAUCCCUAAAGCACAAUCUACAGCAUUGGACUCGAUGCAUAUUUUAUUAACUCGUCCUUAUAAUAAUGAGGAACACUAUCAAUAUGUUAUUAACAAGGUAUUUGAAAACAUGGAUCUAUUAGAUAGAGUUUAUGAUAAUCUAUUAUUUGAUCCUCGUGAUGAUGUCGAUGAUGUUAAAUACCCAAUUUUGAAAAAAUUUGUUGAUAUGAUUAGUUGCCUAUAUGUUUACAUCUUUAAAAUUAAGAACAGCGAUGAACAAGUUCAAAAAUAUUUAAAGUUAGUUCUGAGGGCAACAAAGAAUGAUAGUUUGAUUGUAAGCGGUUUGACUUUAGAUUUAUGGUGUUCAUGCCUAAGAAAUGAUGAAUUUUUGCCACUUCUUGAAAACGUUAUUCCAGAAUUAUUGGACUUUUCCGCGGAUGCGUUAAUAUAUUAUGAACAGAUUGAAGGUCAUGUUUCCAGACUAUAUGCGGAUAUAGAUUUCCAAUCUACCUCAGAGUUUCAAACUUUUUGCUCGACAUAUAGAAAAAGAAUAAGAGACAUUAUACGACUUAUUUCAUGUGUUAAAAUAGAUUAUACUAAUGAUUGGUUAAACAGUAGAUUAAAUUCAUAUUUUAGCUCAGCUUAUGGUCAAAAUGUUUUAAACGCAACAUUUUUGGAUUCAAAAUCUGAACAAUACCUAAGUGCUUUAUCCCAGUUUAUGAUUAUUGAAUGUUUUAUUAACGGUUGUAUACGUUGGAAAAUAUGGUAUCCUGAUGGAGACGAUUAUUCAGAAAAACUAGAUGAUAUCUUACGUAAGCUACAAGUUUUGUCAAAUCAAUUGAUUGCAUUAAAUAUACGAGUACCAUUACUGUUAAAAAAGCAGAUUCAGAACUUUGCAUUAUUUUUAACAAUGUUGAAGGACAAUGUUCUAUUCACAUUGCUAGAGAAAAUCAUUACAAGUGCAACGAUGGAUUAUCCAAAUGUUGAUCUAGAGGAAAGAAGCGAUGAAGCAGAUGCUGUUAGAGAUUUGAGAUAUGCCUGUGGAAUUGAAUUGAAUAGAAUGGCUUUGUUAAUGCCGGAAUCAUUAAAAAAUAUAUAUCCGGAAUUGGAAAACGUCAUUACUAAGAUAAUGCCAAAUUUGUCAUAUCAUGAAAAGAUAUCAUUUAAGUCAUUCCUUCUAACAAUUAUUCUAAAAUCAUCUCUUGAUAGAAAGGAAGAAAGAUUUUCAUCAAUAGUUGAUCCUGAACUUAUGGCUUGGUCUGAUAAAACCACCGUUGUAGGACUUUCUGAUCUUCCAUGGUUUAUGGAGAGAUUAGGUAUUGUGAAAAUAGCUGAGUAUUUCCAAAAGAGGGGUAUUGAUGAAAACAGUGACCUGUUGACAAUUCAGAUCGAUGAAGAAGGCAGAAAGCUUAAAUCAGAAUUGACUAAGCAUUGGCAAACUUUGUUCCCUGUCCGUGCAACUAGGAUGUUUAUACACUAUUCCAUGCAAAGUGUGAAGAAAGAAGAAGAAUAUAAAAUGUUACACGAUCUUUGGAAGCCUAGAAUCAUUCCUAUUCUACCUUAUAUAAUGAGAUUGUUGUACCAAUUACAAUCAUAUCAUGAUCCUGCUAAUUGGAAGGAUCUUCCGGUUGUUGUACAAAACUUUGUAAAAUAUUCUACGGUAGAGAGAUUCUGGGAAGCUGGUGCUUCAAAUAAAUCAAAAGAUGAGUUCAUAGAUGAACAUAUGAAGGCAAUGCAAACAUUAAGAGAUUUUGCUGAUUCUGUUGGUCAUAUUGUGAGAUACACAAGGGAGUAUACGUUACUUGUUAUCAGCGCAAUUUCUUCGCUAGGGUCUGUAUUUUUCGGUGUAGAUGAAGCUCCUCAGUUACUGAUAGAUUCUAUCGCCAUAUAUAAACCAGAUACAAAUGAGAUAAGUCCUGGUGUAUCAACACAUGGUUGGAAGCACAUCAUGAAUGUUGCGGUUCGUCCAAUCUUGAAAAAUUGUCCCGAUGAAUGUGCUCCAAAGUUCAUGAAGGCAUUUUUGCCAAAAUUAUUUGAAACUUUAGAUAUCAUUCUGACAGAUAAAUGGUCUUCUCAUCUUAACGCAGACAUGGAAGUAGCGACUGCGACAGAUGACGAUGAAAUGACUGAAGAAAUUUUAGAAGAAAAUCUACUAAGGCAGUUCACCACUGUUGUGGUAAGAAUCAUGAUUGACUGUGUUGGCCAAACAGGGACAAGUUCUCAGACUUCAAAACCUAAAUUUAAUGCACAUCAAAUCAAAAUGAGAAAGAUAAUAUUCGGUGAAGUAUCUAUUUUGGCACCAUUUUUGAAGUUAUUGAAUAGAUUGAUUUCAGUUAAGGAUAGCAAGUGUUCCUUCAACUCUAUUCUUGUAAUGAAGUCAUGUCUAGCUGAUGUGUUGAUUCAAAAUGCAGAGGUAGAUGAGUAUUUCACUUGUGAAAUUAUGAAGAAUUUGUUGUUAAAUGUAUUAUGCAAUCCAGCAUUCAAAGAUUCAUUUUAUGAAGCUUUAUAUGUUUUCACGGUGUUGUUUUUAACACUAUGUAAAGAAUACAAAUCAGCAAGGACAUUUCUAUAUGAAUUAUCAAAUUCAUACAAUAUUGAUGGUUUAUAUGAAAAUUUAAGAAUGGUUGACAAUUAUAAAGACCAAAGAACACUAAUGAUUGAUUUUAUUGAUUGGGUAAAGAAUUCAACAGGAAGAAAUGAUCCUGAUGACUUUGACCAUGGUGUUGCAGAGAGAAAGAAGCAAGAAAAGAGGGCUGCAGUUUUACAGAGAGCUAAUGAGAAAUUAAUCCAGAAGAAUAAAGAAACUGGAGAUAUGUUAGAUGAUCCAAAUACUGAGGAUGCCGCAUUCGGUAGUCUUUUCGAAGCUGUGUAA